AUGUUAUGUCCGUUUAGCAUCCUCGAGGAACUCGUUUUGUCUGUUGUGUAGUUCAUAAGACAGUGAAUGAAAAACCCUUGUAAUAUCUCCAGGGCUUAUUCACUGGAACUGGCUAUCAUCCAUGCCGAAUUAAGACCUACUUAAAGCAGAAACGUUUACUUUAUUAUAUAUCGAAGCGGAAGUUGUGCUAGCUGUCAACUUCCGCUGUUUCCUGGUCAGAGACUAUCCGAUCAGGGCCCAUGCACGGUGUAAAUACAACAAGUAACGGCGGCUAUACGUAUGACGAUUUGGUACUACACUCGUACUACAGUAAACAGAUGGAGGUUCAACACGCGAGAAAUGCCAUAUCAUGGCGAAAACUGUUUCUGAGUCGUGCAAAGUUGAAAGCAACCGGCAACACGUCAGCAUUGUUAUCGGGGUUUGCUAUGGUUGCGUUGGUUGAGAUCGGAAUAGAGCCGGAUGUACCUAGUUGGUUGAUGGUGGUAUUCUGUAUCAACACAACACUGCUGGUAUCGAUACAUUUACUGGCAGUUAUGAUCAGCACAUGUAUUCUCCCAAACAUAGAGGCGGUCAGCAAUGUACACAAUGUCAACUCUGUCCAAGAAUCUCCACACGAACGAAUGCAGGUCUUCAUCCAGAUGUCUUGGACAUUUUCAACAGGUUUUGGAAUUCUGUUGUUUCUCACCGAGCUGGUACUCAUCUGUUGGAUCAAGUUUAAUGUAAAGAGUUUACACAAUAACAUUGCUGCUGCCUGGGCUGCCACAGCGGUCGUCAUUCCAGUAGGGAUCUUAUUUCUAGUGUUUGCCUUCCAUUUCUAUCGAAGGCUCAUAGCUCACAAGUUCCAACAAACCAACAUGGGCUUACAAGAUCUGGAUAAAAUGGUAUCAGAACUUGGCAACCAGGAAAAUGAUUUUAAUGAAUUAGAAAAUGUUUAAAUGUUGAAACAUUUUAAGACUGUACAGAUUGUUGGUCAUUCAGUGUUUUCUAAGUCAAGAAUGAUGAUGUUUAAUGUCACCUACCUACUUAGUUAUAAUGUAUUUAUAUUAUAAAGGGUGAGAAAAUGUGUAGGUCCGUGUGGAAGUGAUUGAUGGCAGACCUAUGAACUGACGCUCCCAUGACUUCUUACCAAUUAUGGACUAAUUAUUAACCAUAUGUUGUAUGUAUAAUAGUUUUGUAAAUUCAAACUUAUUUUGUGAAAUGGUGCAGAUGGAGAGCUUUACUGCUAGCAUAUACUUGCCAAAUGUUUUAUACAUAAAUAUAUUAUAUAAAAGGGUAAUGAAGAUGUUACCAGACAUAGAUUUAACAUGUUAUGAUCAUGAGCUCGCUGUACAAUUAUAUAUACAUGUUUAUAUACUAUGAUUUCUUGUUUAAAGUCUUUUUUCAGUCCUGUUAAAAUAUUGCAGGUAAUUUAAUUUGGAAGAAAAGGGGAACCAUACAAAGUGUAGAACAUAAUUUCCAAAAUAAUAGAAUUAUGAAGGAUUUUCCCCAGGACCCAUAUUUCCUUGUCCUUAAAAAUAAUUGUUUAACAUUCAUCAAAUGAUUCUAAAAGGUUUUCAUUCUAGCAACAUUUAGAGCCGAGUGGAGAACUUGGAGACCUGUUAUACAAGUUGUGUACAUAUAUACUAGUGGGUAAAUUAUGGAUUCUGGCUCUCCCAAGAGUAUUCAGUUUCAUUACUUCAUUUUGUAAAAUGUUUGUCUACUAGCAAACCAAAAUCUCCCAUGUAAUUGCCAUACCUAGUGUAGACAAUAAACUCUGUGCCAAGAACCUUGGAAAUAAAAAUCAUUGACAUUACCCAGGAUAAACUUAGGGACACAACUCUGUUACUUCUGCAGUGGAGUUUAUAGAAACCCAAUCAAAACAUUAAUUGAACUUGGUGUAUAAACUUAAGCUUGGUACUGACAGUUAACUAUCAAGUUAGAGGUCCAGGGUUUAAUACCUAAUAGGAAUUUAAAAAGAAAUGGUUCAUAUUUUUAUUAUGACCAAUAUGCAUUAGUAUUAAUUAUUGUAUAAGUGGAUUUGAUACAAAAUGUACAAUGAUCAUGAGUUUAUCAAAGUCUACAAUUUAUUUCACCAUAAGAAACUCCUAUUUAUAAUGUUGAACUUUUAAUGAACACAGGAUUGUUGGGGUCUUCUUCAUUUAUAAAUACAAUAAUAUACUGGUUCUGUCUUUUUGUGUGAUAAAACUUUUACUUAAUGGGCUACAGUACUUGUACUCUGAAAACUGUAUGUGUAUAUUUAUAAAUAUGCUAUGUUAUUUACACAGUAUAGUUAAUUUGAUCAGGACGUACAUGUAUAUGUAUGAUACAUGUACACUUGUUAUAAUGAGUUUAAUUUAGAGCAUUGAAGUAAUAAAGGUAAACAUUUAAUCAAACAAUGUACAGGGAAAAGCUUCCAUGUGAACUGGAUGAACAUUUAUUUUUUUUCAUUAGUUACCCACAGGGGCUUGGCACGAUUUUCCAAAUGAUGGUCCAUAUAUAUAUUAAGCUUGUAGGGCCAGGUGUACUUUUUAGAUUGAGUUAACUUUAUAUUUUGGAACAAGUGCAAUGUUUAUAUUUAAGAUAUAUGUGCUUUCAUACUCUAUUAAUAUAGAUUCCCUUCCAUCAGAACUAAUUAUUGUAAGAAAACAUUUAAAAUGCCUUAUAUGAAUGAUAGCUUGGUAACUAAUAUAAUUACAUAAGUAUGAUGAUAAAUUAUUAAAAAUGUUUAUUGAACAGAACAUACAUUGACACAAAUCUGAAUAGCUUAUGAAUGUUUCAGAUGUUAACAUUUGUAGCUAUUUUUAUAAUCUUCAGUGAAUGCCAUAUCUGGGUUCUGUGUAUAUUAUUACAACACAUUCCCCACAAUGAUUUAAACACAAGUAUUUAUGUUUCAGUGAUCACCAUUGCCUGUUUUAAGGUGGCGGCCCGCCACCCUUAGCUGGGUACCGCCACGCCUUACACAACCAAAUUCACUCGAUCCGCCACGCAUGUAAUUGUUACCUUACACCCCUAUUUUGUAUCAAUUUCAAGCACAAAACUGACCCGUUUAUAUAAAACAGUUUUAUCUGGUAGUUCAUAUUAUUUUCGUUGUUAUAAUAGGCCCCUUUUAAAGUUUUGUUCUAAAAAAAAACCAACAACAACAAAGAAUUCUCUUUGCAACUAGAAAUUUUAAUUUUUCAGAUCAGGAAAAAAUUGCAAUUACUCAUAUUAUCUGUGGACUGGUCACAAAGAUAAUGUGGAACAUAAUCUCAUAUUUUACACGUUUUAUGGUAUAUGUUAUAAUUACUGUAAAUGAGUAAACUUGAGUAAUAUAUGAUAUAAGUCUUACUUAAAUGAAGGUGUAUAUAUAACAUAAUAUAUAUUUGGAGUACUACUUGUUGAUCAUGUUGGUGCUGGAAGUCAUUUGUAUAGAGCUCAAGCUUAGAGGCAAUGAGUGUUUCUACUGUAAAAAUUUUAACCGUUAGAUUUUAUAUAGACCGUUGUGAUCACUUGCAUCUUAUUCAGUUGACGUUUGAAGCAUAAAUCAACUGGUACAAUGUAAUAUUUGGUGAUUGAAUGAUUUAAUUGUUUAUCAUAUUUUUUUUCUAGUGAAUUUAUUGAAAAUUUAUUAAAAUAAUGGAUUACCAUUUUAUGUUGAGUUUGUUGAAAAAUGAAAAAUCGUGGGUAAAACUUUACUUGCUCAUUGUAGAGUUAUGAAAACCUUUUGGAAAAGAAAAAUGACUUUCAAAAUAUUCUCAUUAAUUUUCAGAGUUCCAGCUGGUAUAUAUUGUUGUCGGAGUGAUGAACAGAACUGUUAAAUGUCUUUAAUUUAAUUUUUAUCUUGGGUAUUAUUACAACAAACUUAUUAAGUUUUGUAUUUUUUAUGUAUUUCAUCAUUUCCUUGAGUUUCAAUUGCAGCAAAUGCAAGCAGUUACCCAAUAAAUACUCUUUCAGAUACAGUGUACUUGUUGACAUUUAAUGUAAUGCUAGAAAGAAGUUUCUUAUUACUGGGUUCAGUGUUUUCCCUGUCAAAAUACUUGAUCAUGUAAACAGUUUAUUCAUAUGAUGACAUGGAAUCUGGUUUAUUUAUGAGCCCAAUUUUCCAACUUAUUUUCCACUUUACUGCACAUUCAUUUCCAAAUUUCUACCAGGUGGCAGUUUCCAAAAUGGCUUGGAAAAUCACUGUGGGUUUCCAGAACUACUUUGAUGCCCCAUGUGACUUUACCCUGAUUUUGUCUGUUCUUCAGUUCGUCUGAAUUAGCUGUCCUGCUGUUGCAAUAUAUUUUUCAUCAUUUUUUAGGCCUCCUAUUCCAUUCAACUAAGCAGAUGUAAAUCAUUUUUUUGAAAUAAAACUGGCUCUGUCUACUUUCUUCAUAAUUUACUACACAUAUGAUUUUUUCCCCAAUUUAGGAACAACUUGUCCAUUGGUUAUACUUGGCCACCUCCUGUUGGUAUGGAGUAAUCUGUUAGGCCUAAUGUUUAGUUUGAGAAGUUCUUGCUUCUCUUUAUAUUGAAUAAUGGAUGUCCUUUUAAUUGAUUUUCAAGAUGCUUAUACAGGUGCAAAUUCACAAUGUUUUUUAUCUGGACACAUUGCAUUAUAUUGUUUACAUAAGUUUUUGGGAGAAACAGGACAUAUAUUUUUUCAGUUUUGGGAGAAACAGGAUGACACCGUUGAAAUAAAGUGGGGCAUUCCUGCUGCAACAACCUAUUGCUAGUUUAUGCUUCUAGCUAUAUGUAGUAUUCAUAAUUAAUUUAAAUUUAAUAUUUGUUUCAAGUAUGAUUACUAAUUAUACUGUAUUACACUUACAGAUUAUAUAUACAUCUUUUAGGUAUCAUUUUAAAGAAAUUUUAUUUGGUUUCUCAUACAUGAUUUGUUAAAGCUCUGCAAAAAAUAUCAAGUAUUUCGACCGCAGGAUAUAAAAAUUUGUGUUUCCGACAUUAACUUUGUAUACAAAUUUUUGUGUCCACCAUUAAUUUUGUAUACAAAUUUUUGUGUCAACCAUUAACUUUGUAUACAAAUUUUUGUGUCCACCAUUAACUUUGUAUACAAAUUUUUGAACAGACAAGACAUUAGAUCUGUUGAUGUUAUAUGUGUAUGGUUCUAUAUCACAGUGAUAAAUGAAAUGUGAUAUGAUAUCAUAACAUAUCCUAUUGUUGUCCGAGGCCUAUGUAUGUCAAUAUUUGGUUAAGUUUUAAGAUUUUACUGUUCAAUUAUAAUGUUGUUGUAUGGAAGAAUUAAUUGGUCAUUUCAGUGUUAUUGAAGGUUAUUGGUUGUAAUAUGCUUUGAGUAUAUUGUUAUGAUACACUUGUGCGUUUUAAACCUUAUUCCUAUUUUCAGUGUUGCACAUAUAUAUAGAAUACAUAUGUUGAAUUGAAAUGUUUCCAUGUUCAUUGUUCCGUACAAUUUUCUUAAUAUUCUUUACUGCUAAUGAUGUUAAAUAAAAUACUGGAAAAAAAUA